GACCAGGUGAUUUUUCGUCUGACUCCCAGCGCCGGGAACGCAGAAACCAUGUGGAUCUCUAACGGCCAGCGCGAGCUCAUCGGACCUAAAGGAACUAAGCUGGAUACAUAUGCAAAUGAUGAAAUGAGACAGAUAAUCUUUUGAAUUGUUUUCUCUUCAAGAUUGUUUUUUAUUGAAAUUAAGUUAUAUUUCUUUUAUCAUAAUAAGCCUGCCGUCAUGGUCGCGCGUCAGAACUCCUUCCUCAUCGGACAGUCGCGUGGACCAUCAGUACUGUAGUAACCAGGUGUUCCACUGCGCGCGCCAGCUUGAACUUUGUGAAGUCCUCGGAACAGGACGAGUGCGCGCGUUUGGGGGAAUUCGCUGCAUAAACUGUUCUCAGCGGGAUAAUUGGAUAAUCACGAGCCAGCGCUGAGAGGAAUAUUAAUUUUACUUAGUUAAACGACUUAUCUGAGAAAUAGAAGAAUGGAUAACACCUUUUAUUGCCUGGCAAUAUACAUGCUGUUUAUGACCCUCGGGUUCAGGAUUGACGGGGGACUAUGCCAACACUACUACCUCUUGCGUCCUAUUCCCAGCGAUACGCUCCCCAUAGUGGACCUACGGGAGGACCCCGACCCCGUGCUGGACCCAAAGGAGCGGGACCUCAAUGAGACUGAGCUCAGAAGCAUACUGGGCAGCCACUUCGACUCGCAGUUCAUGUCCAUAACGCCCCCGGAUGAGAAGUACGCCGGCAGCGAUGAGGGCAACGAGUCGGAGUUACGGCGGCCCAGCGGGAGCAUGCCCAAAGAGAUCAAGUCCCUGGAGUUUGAGAUCCAGCAUGGGAAGAAACACAAGCCCAGCAAGAAGCUGCGCAGGCGGCUGCAGCUCUGGCUCUGGUCGUACGCCUCUUGCCCGGUGGUUUACGCGUGGAACGACCUGGGCAACCGGUUCUGGCCUCGCCAUGUGAAAAUUGGGACGUGUUACAAUAAGAGGUCGUGCUCGGUCCCGGAGGGGAUGGUGUGCAAACCCGCCAAGUCGGCCCAUUUCACCAUUCUGAGGUGGCGGUGCCAGCAACAGCAGCGGCGGGGAGCGCUCAAGUGCACGUGGAUCCCCGUUCAGUACCCAAUUAUAACGGAGUGCAAGUGCUCGUGCCCGAACUGAAAUAAGCUACGGUUCUUCUCACAUGCACUGUCCAGUGUAGGAAUGUAUAUUUUCUGUAUAUGUUGUGUAUGUUUAUGUUUUAACUUGUACAGGUAAUACAGGUCAGUAUUAUAUAUGUAUACAUUCAGCGUCUACUGUAUUUUUGAACAUACAUUGUGAUAUACCUUUAUAUUUAUAUUUAGGAUAUUUUCGCUUUGCGAAGAAUUAAAAUAUGUUUAUUAAAGGAAUUAACAGUUUUUUCCAUUCUUCGGAAAAAGACCUGUAAACCUCAUAUGGCAAAUAUAGAUUACAGUGUGAUUCAGCAGCUUGGUUUGCUGUCCACAUGAACAGGAAAAUGAUAAUUCUAAGCUUGUAAAUUAAGAGUAACUUCUAUUUAUUCCCCAUGUCCAUA